CAGACUAUGGCUUUCAUCCUUUCAAUGACAGGAGAUGCUUUUCUCGGAAGCAGAGGCUAUGGGUGUAGACCUUCAUUGUGUAAUCUUUUCAACCACAGAAGAUAGGGUGAUUCGACCUUCAUUGUGUAAUCCUUUCAACGACAGAAGAUAGGGUGAUUCGGUGAAGCAAAUAAAUGAAUAAUCAAUCCUCCAACAGAUAAAUGCUCUCGAAACCAGUAGCUUCACAUGCACAUCAAUCCUUUCAAUGUCAAAAAGUAAGGUGAAAAGAAAUAAAUGGGAUUCAAGACUCGUGCGCGUAAACUUAAACGCACGAGAAUUGUCAAACCGAGCAAAUCGAGCAAGAGGAAGAAGAUGGAGAGAGGAAGUAGUAGCAAGAGAAUUGUACCAAGGAAGAUAAAGAUCAUCAGUUUGAAGGAGAUUGAGACACUGCAGACUUUCUAUGCCCACCUACAUCUCACCAAAGGUGUUAAUUGGACUGAAGACAUAUGGGGAGACAUGCUGGAUUAUUAUGAGGAUCGAUCGGGAUGCUGUGCUUCUAUGGCUUCGCUUAAAUGGGCCUUUGAAAAAUAUUUUGCUGAAUACAAGUUGGCAAUGAGGCUAGCUGAUUUUGGAAUACAUUUUGAUCCGAUAACGAACAUGUUAAAUGGCACGGAUAUUUGUUGGACUGCCGCUGAAAUGGUAAAAAAAGUUUCUUGAGAUUUGACCUUCGGAUCUGAGCCUCUAUUUCGUAUCAUCGUUGGAGUAGAUUGUCGUGGAGAGAAGCAACGCUGACGGAUAAGUUUCGAAAGUGAAUCCCCUUGAGUUUGUUGUGUACUCUUGAUUUCUUAGAGGACACUGUGCUGCUACAUAUCAAGUAGUGUAGUUGUUUGGCGUCAUCUGUGCUCCAUAGUGCUCCGUUCAGUUGAUAAGGAAAAUUUGAGGCUUGCAUCUGCAAAGGCAGUUCUUCGUUUGUCAAGGCUCUGGGAUCAUAAGAUACUUUUUUCUGUUUGUUCACAUGUGGUACUCUUUUAUGUUUCCACACCUUAUUAUUGCAGCAUCGUUUGAGAUUUGUCCUUUCACAAGUAGUCCUCUAAAUUAGGAGUAAAUCUUUGGUACUCCUUUAGUACAUGAUUCUUUUUUUUUUUUUGGUACAUUGCCAGGAGGUAUCCCCAUUCAACCUUCUCCGGGCACCAUGCCCUCGGGGUACGGCCCGUUUGGGCUAGCCCCUCAUUGUAACAGUGGGUGCACUAAGCUUCGCAACCGGAGAAAUGACGAGACUAAUCCCCCAACCGAAGAUUUUUGACUUAUCCUCU